ACGUAAUCCAUUAAUUUAGAGGGAAAAGAGAAGUUAUUCAAAAGUGAUUACAUUUUUUUUUUACUUAAAAGUGUGAGGCAGAGGGCGACGCAACGAUCCGUUGUUUUAUCUCAACCUGACUCAAUAAAGUAGUAGACUGGAUUGGAGCAGAGGAUUCCUUUUUCUCCAAACAGUUGAUGGAUGCAAUGCGCUGCUGCUUAUAACAACAUAAGCUGCUGCUUUUUUUUUUUUUUUUUUUUUUGCAAUAAGCAUGCAAAAGCCAAUAUGGCGACUCCCAUUGUGACGACAAAACUGGAAGAUUUGGUAGUAAUUGACAACGGAUUGGUGCAGCUUAGUCUGUCUAAUCCGGGGGGGCUGAUAAGGGGCAUACAGUACAAUGGAAUUGACAAUUUGCUGGAACUUCAUAACCAAGACCUCAAUGGCGGGUUUUAUGAUCUCAAUUGGAGUGAAGAAGGGGCCUCCAAAACAAGGGGAAAGUUCGACACGAUUGAAGGAACAAACUUCAGUGUCAUCGUAGAAAAUGAAGAGCUGGUAGAGGUUUCCUUCACAAGAUCAUGGGAUCCUUCAGUUGAAGGAAAACAGUCGCCACUAAGUAUAGAUAGGAGGUUUGUGAUGCUCCGUGAUCACCCAGGAUUCUACUCUUAUGCCAUAUUUGAACAUACAGAGGAGUAUCCUGGUUUCAAUCUUAAUACGGCCAGGAUUGCAUUCAUGCUUAGAAAAGACAAGUUUCAUUACAUGGCUGUGGCAGAUAAUAGGCAAAGAUAUAUGCCCCUACCAGAUGAUCGGCUACCUGGAAGAGGUCAAGAGCUGGCUUACCCGGAAGCAGUUCUUCUUGUUGAUCCUGUGGAGCCUGAAUUUAAAGGAGAAGUGGAUGAUAAGUAUCAAUACACAUUGGAGAACAAAGAUAAUAAGGUGCAUGGUUGGAUAUGUUUUGACCCACCUAUUGGCUUUUGGCAAAUUUCACCUAGCAAUGAAUUCCGAAAUGGAGGACCCUUCAAACAAGACCUGACCUCCCAUGUGAACCCUACCACUCUUGCAAUAUUUGGCACAUCACACUAUGCGGGAGAGGAUCUUUUACUAAAAUUUAAACAUGGAGAAGUAUGGAAGAAAGUUUUCGGACCAGUAUUUAUUUAUCUCAAUUCUGUACCAGACGGACACGAUGCACUUUCCCUUUGGAAUGACGCCAAGGAACAGAUGAAAAAAGAAGAGGAAGCAUGGCCCUACAGUUUCACAGCUUCAGAGGAUUUUCCUAAAUCUGAGCAGAGGGGUCGAGUAAGGGGUAAAUUAUUUGUAUAUGAUAGGUACAUCAACAAGGACAAAAUACCAGCCGGAGCAGCCUAUGUUGGGUUGGCACCACAAGGAGAUAAGGGGUCAUGGCAAAGGGAAUCCAAGGGGUAUCAGUUUUGGAGCACUACUGAUGAGAAGGGUUACUUUUCCGUACCCAAUAUAAGAGCUGGUGACUAUAAUCUUUACGCAUGGGUGCCUGAAGUUAUUGGAGAUUACAAGUAUGAAGUAGCAUUAACCAUUACUCCAGGGUCUGACAUUGAUGUUGGUGAACUUACAUUUGAGCCACCGAGAGAUGGUCCUACUUUGUGGGAAAUUGGCAUCCCUAAUCGUAGUGCAGCAGAAUUCUAUGUCCCUGAUCCCGACCCGAUGUACAUCAAUAAACUAUAUGUAGACCAUCCAGACAGGUUUAGGCAAUAUGGGCUAUGGGAAAGAUAUACUGAUAUGUAUCCUGAUAAAGAUUUAGUGUACACUGUGGGAGUAAGUGACUAUAGAAAAGAUUGGUUCUAUGCUCAGGUUACGAGGAAAAUCGCAGACAAUAUAUACAAGGCCACAACAUGGCAAAUUAAAUUCAGCAUUGACAGUGUGGUUGAGGGAGGUAUCUACAAACUCCGGUUGGCACUUGCAUCAGCUCACAACUCUAAUUUGCAGGUUUGUGUCAACAAUGCUGAUGCAAACCCUCCAUUGUUUUCGAGUGGAGUAAUAGGGGGAGAUAAUGCAAUUGCUAGGCAUGGGAUUCAUGGAAUCUAUUGGUUGUUUAAUGUGGACAUAGCAGCUGCUCAACUCAUGCCAGGGGAAAACACCAUAUACUUGACACAGACAAAGAGUGAGAGCCCAUUUCAAGGCAUUAUGUACGACUACAUUCGCCUAGAAGCUCCGUCUCAUCUAGAUUCUUAACGAACUCGUCCUUCGUUCCGUGCAUUCCCCACUGUCCCCAUUUCCCCUACUCACCUCAAAAUAUGUUUGAAUUCAUGUAGAGAAAACAUUAAUCUUGCCUGCUGUAAUUGGCUUUAGUCCUGUUCCUCAUUUGAGAAUCCUUUAUUAAAUGGGAAAUUUAUUUCUGAUUGAUA